CCCAAAUUAAAAUUUCUAGUUUUGUCUUUGUACCAUACUAACAUUUUAUUAAGCGAAAUAAUGUAGCAACUCGUAAGGGUAGCCUAGCACUAGCAGGAUGUAAUCCUCGCACACUAUAUAUAACAGGACGCAGUCUCCCCAUUCUCACACCAUUGUCUUGGAUCCAAACAAUCCAUACAUAAACAAAUUUGCUCUUCCCUCCCAUUCCGGAUCAACGAUCGCACCUCCAUUUUCCUCCAUUAAUCGUAAUAGAGUUAAAAAUCAGCAUCAAAGCACUACUUUUCAAGAUUGUUUUCCCCUUUUGAGAAUGGCAGAAUUAGCUGGAUCGUUUGUCUUACCCAAAGAAUUGACCCAAAAUGUUGAUAUCUUGAACAACAAAGAUUUAGAUCCAUCUGCUAUUGUUUUUGAACCAAUUCCUUCUGUUGUUUGCAACGGAAAUGGAGUUUCUUGUAUCAGCAAUGGCGAUGAUUCCGUUGUGAAGAAAUUGAAAACGACUGAAAAUGGAGAGAGAGAAAUUGUAUUGGGGAGGAAUGUUCAUUCUUCGUGCCUUGAUAUUACCGAACCUGAGGAUAAUGAUGAUGUUACUGGCGAUAAGGAGGCGUACAUGGCUUCUGUUUUGGCUAGGUACAGGCAGAGUUUGAUCGAGAGGACCAAAUAUCAUUUGGGAUAUCCCUACAACUUAGACUUUGACUAUGGUGCUUUGGGUCAAUUGCAACAUUUUUCAAUAAACAACCUUGGCGAUCCGUUUAUUGAGAGCAACUAUGGUGUGCAUUCCAGGCAAUUUGAAGUGGGUGUUUUAGAUUGGUUUGCGCGGCUAUGGGAGAUUGAGAAAAAUGAGUACUGGGGAUAUAUUACUAACUGUGGUACUGAAGGAAACCUUCAUGGUAUCCUUGUGGGGAGAGAGGUGUUUCCUGACGGAAUUUUAUAUGCCUCAAAAGAGUCCCACUACUCCAUCUUCAAAGCUGCACGCAUGUAUAGGAUGGACUGUGUUAAGAUCGAGACGUUAGCUUCAGGAGAGGUUGAUUGUACUGAUUUUAAGACUAAGCUUCUCCAGAACAAAGAUAAACCAGUCAUCAUUAAUGUCAACAUAGGAACUACUGUAAAAGGAGCUGUUGAUGAUCUUGAUCUUGUGAUACAGACUCUUGAAGAAUGUGGCUUCCCUCACAAUAGGUUCUAUAUCCACUGUGAUGGAGCCUUGUUUGGUCUUAUGUUGCCAUUUGUUACAAAAGCGCCACAAGUCACAUUUAAGAAGCCCAUUGGUAGCGUCAGUGUGUCUGGACACAAAUUUGUGGGAUGCCCUAUGCCUUGUGGUGUUCAGAUCACAAGGAGGGAGCAUAUUAACGCUUUAUCGAGAAAUGUGGAAUAUCUAGCUUCAAGAGAUGCUACAAUCAUGGGGAGCAGGAACGGCCAUGCCCCCAUAUUCUUAUGGUACACCUUGAACAGAAAAGGCUACCGUGGUUUCCAAAAAGAGGUUCAAAAAUGCCUCCGUAACGCCCACUACCUGAAAGGCCGUCUUAGAGAGGCUGGGAUUAGUGCUAUGCUCAAUGAGCUAAGCAGUACCGUGGUGUUUGAGCGCCCUCAAGAUGAAGAGUUUAUCCGACGCUGGCAGCUGGCUUGCCAAGGAAACAUAGCUCACGUCGUUGUGAUGCCUAAUAUUACAAUAGAGAAGCUCGAUACUUUCCUUGAAGAACUAAUCGAGAAACGUUCAACUUGGUUCAAGGAUGGAGCCAAACAACCUCCAUGUGUUGCAUCUGAGAUCGGCAAUGAGAAUUGUGCUUGCCCAUUGCACCAGUGAAAAUCUUCUUGCGCGGCAUCAAUUUUAAGUAGUAUUUAGUUAUGUAGUUUGCUUCCGACAGUGUAUCAGUGUGUUGUUGCUGUUAGCUAUUAGUGUUUCUUAUUUGUGCUCGUGCUAUUUCGUUACAAAGCCGAUAGUGUGAUGUCCGGAAAAUAUCGUUAGAAAUGUGUGCAUCUGCUAUCUCAAUGCUAGAAGUUGGAUGGAAUGAUUGAUAUGUAAAAGGAACAAGUUCAAUUUGUUAUGUAAGCGUGUAAAGAACUAUUGUACCUUUUUAGAUAUAUAUGGAAAAUAGUGGGCUAUAUAUUUGAGAUGCAUAAAGAAAAUUGUACUAAAUGUACAUGUUUUAUCAAUCUAUGUGUAAUAGCGAUGCUGUUUUAUUUGAAA